AUGAGUAGAAGAGUGAGUUUCAGUUAUGAUGUCAACGACAUGCCAAUCAUUUACCAAAAGUGUGCUGAUGGAAACAAGAAGGAAAUAAAUGAAAUAUGGAGUUGCGGACAUACCAGGAAGUCCGGAUUUUCACUGUCCGGAUUCUUCAGGAGUACCGGCGCAAAGGCCGCCAGAGCAUUUCGUUGUAUAUCUAGUAGAAAGAGGUGUUCGCGUAAAGUUUCGUAUGCUUCUUUAGCAAGGUCACGUUCAUAUGCUGAAACACUUGAUUCUCAGAGAGCUGAGGCUAUAGAGGACUGCAUCGAGUUCUUGAAUUCUUCGUCAUCUUUGCUAAGAUCAAAUUCUGUCACAAGAUAUAGCCAACAAGAACCCCGGCAAUCUAGUGCAACGAAACAAGCAACUUUCAUGGAAGUUAUUAUCCAUCCAAAACUCAUUAUUUGA